CGAUGAGGCAACCCUUGUGAAUUUGAUAGCCAUAAGUAGUUUGUAAUUCUUUUAGAAUUUUUUUGAUGUGUUUGAAAACAUGGAGAAUAUAUUAACAUCACAGAAAACUGGUGGAAGAAAAGAAGCCCUGACAUGGCAAAUAUCUAUUUGUGAGUGCAAUUGGUUGACACGGAAAGGAAUCAGAUUCCUUAGAGCACCAAGAGCGAUUGAUGGUGCCGUACAACCUCUCUUCGACUCCUCAAAAAGUUACAAUCUAAUCAAAGUUAUGCAACUUUCCUCAAAAACAAGAUCAAUUUCACUUUUUCUUUCUUCUUCAUGGCUCUCACACCACUCAAGCCAGUCAUCCUCAAAGCUGCUGUUCCCUUGGCUGCAUCUUUAGCUGGUUUUAUCUAUGCAUGGAUACUGGCAAAGAAAAACUUGUCUUUCAAGGUUUUUUCUUCGCCAGAAAAUGGAUGUGAUGAUUCUUCCAAGCUUUUUUCUUCAGCAGAAGAUGGUGAAUCAUCUACUCCUAUGAAUAGGUUGGUGAUCCAUGACAAAAAGUCAUUUUCGGAACACGAGAUCACUGGCCUGAGAAACCAGAUUGAAGGUCUUCAAAUGAGGGAAUUGGCCAUGCGUUUGCAGUUUGAGCUGUACUGUGAAAUGAAGGCACAAGAGUCUCUACUUGUUGAAGUCAGAAACAUGUUGUCGUUGGAGAAUGAUCGUGCUGAGUUCUUAAGCAAAGAGAUUUCUUCCAUAGAGACCGAGACAGUGAGGUUGGAAAGUUUUGUAGUCCAAUACAUGAGUGUUGUUGAACAGCUUCAGUAUUGGAGAUCACAGAAUAGGGUGCUUCAAAGGAGAGUUCAAAAGCUUCUCAGGGACUCCAAGGCCAAGUCUCGUUUGAUAAAGGUGCAGGCUUUGAUGAUCAAAGAGAAAGAAGAAGAACUUUUGAGAAACCAUGAGGAUUUUCAAACAAGGGUAUGCGUGAUUAACAAGUUAGAGGGUGAAAUCAGAGAGCUACGAAGGAUUUUGGAGCAACUGGAGGAAGAGAAGAAGGAGGUUGUGAAGAAGCUUGAAACAGCAGAAGCAGAAGCAGAUGCAUCUAAGCUGAAGAAGGAAAAGAUACAUAGAAAACCAUUGAAAUAUUAUUUGGAGGUUGAAUCAGGAGAUGUGAGUAAGGAAGAGUACAACAAGGUUCUGAAUGAAUUGGAGGAGAUGAAGAAGGAAAGAUCAACUGAAGUUGAAGAGUUGAUGAAGCAGUACGAAGAACAUCAUGAGGAGGGAGAGUUUGAAGGAGGCUUAGGAUUUGUGCAGUAUGAUUCAGAGCAUGAUUUGCAUCACAAUGAUUCUGCUGAGAGUGAUCAUGCUUCUUCAAAAAGGAAAAAGUUUCUUAAGACUCUGAAAAGGUGGGUUGAAGGAAGUGAAAAGGUAAGAGUGAAGCCUGAAAUUAUCAAACAAUCUUCUGUUUCCUGUGGAUCAAAGAAAUCUCAAGUUUCUUCAAAUUCAAGGUUCUGUUCCAGUGCUUGAUGACUCAUAAUAGAGCAAAGCUUAGAUACUUUCCAAAGUAUUUUUUACGUUGUUUUUAUGUAAGGAUUGAAGUUUCAUCUUACCAAAAUCCAAUUCUUACACAAAAACUAACACUAAAAACACUUACAUAACAGCAUCUAAGUUUUCAUCAGCACAAUAUAGCUAUGGAUACUAUACAAUAAAGAAACUUGGAUGAUAUGCAAAAUAAAUGGUGAUGCCAUUUCAUAAUAAUUUGUACAUUUUCUUUUAAUGUGUAUCUAUAUGUUCUAAGUUACAGAAUGACUGCUAAAGGGU